UCUUCCUCCCUCAUCUGCCCCGGGCUUCGGGGGACGCGGGCAGCCCACGUGGCCUCGGCACCGAGGGCCUGGAGACCCUCGACUGCGCAGCCCUCGGCGGGCAGAGGCGCGUUCCUGCACCCUCCUGCCGCAGGGUUUGGAGGCGGCUGGUCCCUGCGGGUGGUGCCGCGUCCGCAGAGUCGGAGAAAGUGAGCGGCAACCGGGCUUUGCUCAGGUUGUGGCAGAGACUGCGACAGUCAGCGCAUACCCCUGUCCCAUCGACUCCCUCCCUGUCCUCAGCGAUGGCGCUGGCAAUGCUGCAGGACUGGUGCGGCUGGAUGGGCGCGAACGCGCAGCGUGCCCUGCUCAUCCUGGGCAUCCCUGACGACUGCCAGGAAGGUGAAUUCCGGGCGGCCCUGCAUGCUGCGCUGUGGCCUCUGGGCAGGUACCGAGUGCUCAGCAAGGUCUUCAGAAAGGAGCUGGGGGCCAGGGCAGCCUUGGUCGAGUUCGCAGACGUUUUAAACCGAAGUUUGAUCCCCAGACAGAUAGCAGGCAAGGGGGGGCCCUGGACUGUGAUUUUCCUGCCCCAGGCCCCUGAUGCUGACUUACAGGACACACGGAGUUUUCCUGCACAGCCCCAGGGGCAAUCAGUGGCCAGAUACGCAGGUGGGGCAGGAGUUGCAGGAGCUGCAGGAAGUGCAGAUGGGGCAGGAGCCCCAGGUGAGGAAGGAGCCCCAGGUGAGGAAGGAGCCCCAGGUAAGGCAGGAGCCACAGGUGAGGAAGGAGCCCCAGGUAAGGCAGGAGCCACAGGUGAGGCGGGGUCUGCAGGUGAGGCGGGGACUGCAGAUGAGGUGGGGGAUGCAGGUGGAGAGGAAGCUGCAGGUGAGGCGGGGACUGCAGGUGAGGUGGGGGAUGCAGGUGAGGCGGGGACUGCAGAUGAGGUGGGGGAUGCAGGUGGAGAGGAAGCUGCAGGUGAGGCGGGGACUGCAGAUGAGGUGGGGGAUGCAGGUGGAGAGGAAGCUGCAGAUGAGGUGGGGACUGCAGAUGAGGUGGGGGGUGCAGGUGGAGAGGAAGCUGCAGGUGAGGUGGGGACUGCAGAUGAGGUGGGGGAUGCAGGUGGAGAGGAAGCUGCAGGUGAGGCGGGGACUGCAGAUGAGGUGGGGGGUGCAGGUGGAGAGGAAGCUGCAGAUGAGGUGGGGGAUGCAGGUGGAGAGGAAGCUGCAGGUGAGGCGGGGACUGCAGGUGAGGCAGGAGCUGCAGGGGAGGCAGACGCCUGGUCGCGGCAAUGGAGUGAGUCCCUGAAGCCUCUGCUGAGAAGUCUGGCCUGCCAGGAACUGCGAGCCUUUUCCGGAAGAGAGCAGCCAGGCUGUGGGGAAGAGUCCUUUGAGAGCUGGCUGGACCACGCCAAGGACAUGCUAUACCUGUGGCGCCACACGUCAGAACGGGAGAGGCGGCGGCGGCUGGUGGAGAGCUUGGACGGUCCGGCCCUGGACCUCAUGUGCGGCCUCCUGGCAGAACAUCCGGACACCCCGGCUCAGGACUGCCUGGAUGCGCUGGAGCAGGUGUUCGGGAACAAUGACACCCGGGUAACAGCGAGGAUGAAGUUGCUGACGUGCUCGCAGCAGCCAGGAGAGAGUCUGUUCGCCUACGUGAUGCGCCUGGAAGGCCUGCUGCACGUGGCCAUGGAGCAGGGAGCUGUCCACCCAGCCAUGGCAGACCAGAUGCGAGCUAGGCAGGUGCUGCUGCAGGCCGGGCCCAACGCCAUGCUGCAGGACAAGCUGCGGAGGAUGUGGCUGGAGAGGCGGCUGCCUGGCUUCCUGGGGCUGCUCCGGUUGGUGCGGGAAACGGAGGCCUGGGAGGCUGCUCUGCCUCUGAGGGAGCUGUGCAGAGGAGAGGAAGGGUCCCAUGGAGACGGUGGAGACCUGGCUGUUGCCCAGGCCGUCCCUGUCCUGGGAGGCACCGCGGAGGUCCCCCUGGCCCUUGGAGGUGCCAGCCAGGCAGUUCCUGAUGCCCCUGCUGAGCUUCUCCCCGUCAGCAGUGUUGCGGCUGGGGCCUCCCCUGUCCCCCAGGGAGAGGAAAGUGUCUCUGAACCUGUGGGGCUAGGUCAAGCAGCGUCCACUGAGGCCCCCGGAGGCCCCUCCCCAGCCCAGAUGGGUAGUGCACCUGGGGCGAGCCCAGGAGGUCCUGGCUGGGUGCCUGACAGGCGUGCCCAGGCAGCAGAGCAGGAGGCCGAGGAGCCCCCGCUGGAGGGGCUCAAACCCAUCCCAGAGGAGUAGGGAAAACAGGACAGGGCUGGGGACAUGAGCCACCCGGAGUCCUCCUCAGGCAAACAGGCUCAGAAGGCCCAUGCAGGGGCCUCCUCUCCUGCCUUCUCUGGCAGCGGUGUCCACAGCCACCACCCUACCCCAUAUGGGCUCCCCAGAUCUUCCAUCUCCCUCAAGGGGCCCCAACCAUUACCUCCAGACAUUCGCAGUGCUCCAAAUGACCAAGUUUGCUACUCAGUGGGGAGGAAAGAGGUGCCCCCUGCCAUGACACCACUGCACCUGGCUCCAGCCACAAACCCUGCCAACUUGGGCAGCCUGGAAGCCCCUCUGAGCUGCCUGGGUGAGGGAACCCGAAAGACGUCUACCACCAGAGGUGAACUGGGAGUCCUUUGGGAGAGAGGCUGUCUCAGAGGUGCUCACUCCCUGGGCCUCCUCAGAGGGGCCCCUCAUUCACCACCCCUGGGGUAGGCUAUGUGCCCUGUUCUGGGAAGCACCCCCCUUUAUCCAUGUAUACCCCGUAGUAACCCAGGUGUCCAGCACACACAGCCCCCAGCGACCAGCUACGAUUCGUGUGCAAAGCUGCUGUGUUUAUGCCAGCCCUGGAGGCAUGUCCUGGCCUGCCGGGCCAUCCACCUCUGGACUUGGGGCACAAGCUGUGAGCUUCAGUGUCAGCCCAGGCUCUGCUCGCUGCAGUCCCACUUCCUGAACUCAGCCUCUGCUUCCUCAGUGUAGAUGUAGGCUGAUCGCUGCCCAUCCUUGCGCAGAUGUGUGUUCUUACCCGAGCAGCUCCACCCCGGAGACCCCCAGCACAGUCCCAGGAGGUGGCGGGAAUGUGCGUCCCCAUACAGCGGGGAGAAGAGCUGGACCAGAGACAAGAAGGGGGGCUUCGAGAGGCUCCCUAGGGACUGUGCCUUGGCGUCCCACCCCUGUCGUCCCUUGUGACUCAGUUUCCUCGACUUAGUGGGGUGUGUCCUGCUGUUAUUUCUGGUGUCCUGUGACUGUCCUGUGUGGACCGUGGGGCAGGGCCACGCCCCAAUGGGUGGGCCAUGAGGGGCUUCCCUGAAGUGAGUGGCCGUUGCCAGGGUCCAGCGUCCUGGCAAGGGGCAGAUCGGGGGCUGGGGUGGCCCGGUUCCCGUGGCCUCUAGUGGCGGUUAGCAGUUGCUGUCUGUGUUGCUGUUCCCGUCUCUACAGUGGUUGCGCUAAAUGUUUCUCUUCAAUAAAUUGCA